AUGUGUUUGUUGUUAUUAUUUCCUUUACACAUUUACAUUUCAGUCGUAUUGGCGGGCUCUUCAUCAAUUGCCAAUCCCUUCUUUGAAGGGCCUUUGGCCGAGGUGGGCGCUCUCUCCGCCAGCCCCGCCGCAUCGCCGCGGAUUCAUCCGGCUACACGGGCUCGCGUCGACUCGGCUACAUCCAGUUGCUACAUGGCCUUUAAUGAAAUGGCGUUGAGGCCGGAUGAGUAAGUGAACUAUAUUGAUUUGGGUGGGUCCUUGUUUGUUGUUUUUUACAGAAAGUUUUGGCUAAUUUUUUAGCUUUGAAAAGCAAAUUGUUAACGAUUUUUACAUUGUAAAGAAAAUUUUUGCCGAUUUUUAUAUUGUAAAGAAAAUUUUUGUCAUUUGGUUUAUUUUUUCGAAAUCUGUCCGGAUGCUCAUCUGAAAACGUCUCUUUUUGGCUUUGAAAAGAACAUUAAGGAACGCUGAGGAACGAUAAGUUCCGGGAAGUCAUCCAAAUGAUUGCAACAUUAUUUUGGAUAUAUUGAGGGUUUUACUGCUUGUUUUUUGAACUUUAUAUUUGAAAAAUGAUAGCAAAAAAAAUUUUAUUUUCUUUUUGUAUUUGUAAAGAAAGUUUUUGCUGUUUUAGGCGAAACUUUUUGCCUUUUUUUUCGUUAAAGCCAGCUUUUUUUAAAACAAUGUUCAAAGUCCAUCCAACUGUAACUCAUAACUCUCUUCAACUUUUGUCCCGCAGGGCAAAGAUCUCGAAAAUCGUUUAGUCCAAUAAAAAACGCAACAAAAUCUCUCAACGUUUUCGGGGCGGCAGUGCUUUUUUGGGUCGAAAACGCUGAGUAAUUUAGGCCCAAAACGAGUUGUAGUUCCACUGACUUGUGUGGGAUAUUGUUGUUUAGAGCUAAAAGCGUUUGUCUGGUUUUAUACAUGUGUUAAAUUAAGUCGAUUUUUUGAUUUGUAGAGAAAGUUUUUGUCAUUUUUUGGUUUGUAGGGAAAGUUUUUGUAAUCUUUUUGAUUUGCAAAGAAAGUUUUUGUCAUUUUUUGGUUUGUAGGGAAAGUUUUUGUCAUUUUUUGUUUUGUAGAGAAAGUUCUUGCUAUUUUUCGUAUUGUAAAGAAAGUUCUUGCCAUUUUUGAUUUGUAAAGAAAGUUUUUGUAACUUUUUAGUUUGUAAAGAAAGUUUCCGUUUAUUUUUUACAAAAAAUCUCUUAAAAGCUUUUAUUGUUAUUUUGACCAUAGUAGUCAUAAGAACAUAUAUGUUUACACAAAACAAUAAUUUCCACUGAUAUAUGUCUAUUUGGUUGUAUAUCCAACAACAAAAUUUUUUAAAAUGGGUUAACUUCCUCAAUAAAUCAUAAUAUGAACAGAACUUUCUUUACAACUUAAAAAAUGUGUAAAGCUGGUUUUAAAAAUUAGAAAAAUGACAAUUAUAAGCAAACGCCAGAACUUUCCGACCACCCUGUUUAUUUUGAAUACGGAUAAAUUGUAAUUCCCUGGGGCUAUGGGUUUUUAUCAGAUCAUUGGAUGUAAAUGUUAUAUAAAGGAAGAGUGGAUAUGUACAUUCGUAAAAACGAAUACAUUUUUUCCAGCCAACACAUAAUAGUAUAUUAUAUUAUACUAAAGUGUUUGGAUUCAAUUUUAAAGAACGUUUUUUUAUAAUUUAAACUUUUUUUUAAACUUUGUAUUUCAGCCGGCUGACCCGAUCAGAAUAUCAGCCAAAAAUGAAGGAGACGCCAAAAUUCAACUAUGAUAUGACAUUCGAUUUGAAAGUGCUGCAGAAUGCGUUAAAAUCGACCAGUUUUCUACAGGAUUCGGGGUACAGAAGUCAGUCGGAGAGCUCGCAAAAACCGUCGAUGACAGCCAGCUGUCAUCUGUAUGGGACUGGCUGGAUGAUGGCCGAUGAUAUUAGUGAUGACGAAAGUGAAGACGAAAAUUGGGGUAGGUGUGAAUAG